AUGUACGGAAUACGACACAGGAUCGUAGAGGAAGAUCAUCAACUUCAGAUCGUGCCGAGUGUCUCGACGGUUGUCUUCACCUUAUUGACCAACUGCCAGAUGACGAUUGAGGCAGACGUGGAGUAUGCCUGGAGCGGAAGGACGUGGGACGACGCGCGCAUUCAUUUCUGCAGUUUGUGUGCCUUCUGCUCGGCAAAGAAGACCGACGUCACCCGACACAUCCGCACCCACACGGGGGAACGACCUUAUGCUUGCGACGAGUGCGGGAGAAGCUUCUCUCGGAAGACUCACCUGAACCGCCACAGGACGGAACAGGUAGCGCCCCUGGUGUGGUGCGGCAUGACAUGGAGCGAAUUCAGGUUGUACUUCUGCGGGGUCUGCAACUACCGGUCGGUGUCCAAGCGGUCCGUCUCCAAGCACGUCCUGACCCACACGGGCGAGAGGCCCUACAAGUGCGAGGAAUGCGGGAGGGGGUUCAGCGAUCCCUCCAACCUCACCCGGCAUUGCCGCACCCUACACCCCAAGCUGCGCUGA